GAGGAUGUUUUACCACAUCUCCCUGGAGCACGAGAUCCUGCUGCAUCCGCGGUACUUCGACCCUAACUUGCUCAACACGGUGAAGCAAAAGCUAUUCACGGAGGUGGAGGGGACGUGCACCGGGAAAUACGGCUUUGUAAUUGCUGUCACCACCAUCGACAAUAUGGGUGCAGGUGUGAUCCAACCUGGGCGAGGCUUUGUCCUUUAUCCAGUUAAGUACAAAGCCAUUGUUUUCCAGCCCUUUAAAGGUGAAGUUGUGGAUGCUGUGGUCACUCAGGUGAACAAGGUUGGACUUUUCACUGAAAUUGGGCCCAUGUCUUCCUUUAUCUCCCAUCAUUCCAUCCCAUCAGAGAUGGAGUUUGAUCCAAACUCCAACCCACCUUGUUACAAGACAACGGAUGAGGACAUUGUGAUUCAGCGGGAUGACGAGAUCCGCUUGAAAAUUGUAGGGACCCGCGUGGACAAGAAUGACAUUUUUGCUAUUGGCUCCCUGAUGGAUGAUUAUUUGGGGCUUGUGAGCUGAGCAUGGAUUGCUAUGACUUUUUUGGUCCUGACUGGGGCAGUGUGACCUUCAUACUUGCUCCUUGGUCCAGAGGAUGAUUCUGGCUCUUUGCAGGAAAACAAAGAAAGUUCCUUGACUCCAGGAGACAUCUGGCACUUGCCGC